AGCACUAAGGGAGGGAGUUACGCUGAAAGUGUAGGGUUUAGAGGAAAGAAAAAGAGAAGAUAGAGUGAGUGAGUUAAGGUAAGAACUUAGAAAGCAGGGAAAAGAAAAGAAAGAGAUGUUGUUUUGGUUUGGUUGUAUUUGAUUUCCAUGUGAAUGCGAUGGCACCUAUCCUUCUAACUCGUCCUCCUCUGCUUCGCUUCAUGGCCUCUCGCUUCUUCACCGUCUCUUCCUUUCACCCUCAUUCCUCUUCUCUUCUUUCCACCCUCUCCAAACCCAGGAUAAGUUUUCCUCUCGGAAAAUUGUGGAUUCCACGUUCGGUACAUAAUGCAGUCACUCCGAGGGCGUUUAUGUCUUCUGUCUCGACAACUGAAGCUUUUCAGAAAAAUGAAAGUUCCAAAGCUUAUGGUUCUGAUCAAAUUCAGGUGCUUGAAGGAUUGGACCCCGUAAGAAAAAGGCCUGGGAUGUAUAUUGGAAGCACUGGCCCACGUGGGUUGCACCAUUUGGUGUAUGAAAUUUUGGAUAAUGCUGUUGACGAAGCUCAAGCUGGAUUUGCUUCCAAGAUAGAUGUUAUUUUACUUGCAGAUGAUUCUGUGAGCAUCACGGACAAUGGUCGUGGGAUUCCUACUGACUUGCAUCCAGUUACAAAUAAAUCUGCCUUGGAGACAGUGUUGACGGUCUUGCAUGCCGGUGGAAAAUUUGGUGGUGCCAAUAGUGGUUACUCUGUUUCAGGUGGUUUACACGGCGUUGGUUUGUCUGUUGUUAAUGCAUUGUCUGAGUCAUUAGAGGUAACAGUUUGGCGUGAUGGAAUGGAAUACAUGCAAACAUAUUCUUGCGGAAAGCCAGUGACAAUUCUGAAAUGCCUUGUGCUUCCAGAUGAAAAGAAAGAUCUUCAAGGGACACGUAUCAGAUUUUGGCCAGACAAAGAAGUAUUCACCACUGCUAUUCAGUUUGAUUACAAUACAAUAGCUGGACGCAUUAGGGAGUUAGCUUUCCUCAACCCAAAGCUUACUAUCACACUUCGGAAAGAGGACAAUGAUCCAGAAAAAGUUCAAUAUAAUGAAUAUUUCUAUGCUGGGGGAUUGGUUGAAUAUGUGAAAUGGCUUAACACUGAUAAGAAAGCUCUGCAUGAUGUACUGAGUUUUAGAAAAGAAACAGAUGGCAUCACAAUUGAUAUAGCUUUUCAGUGGUGUGAAGAUGCAUAUUCAGAUACAAUACUGGGAUAUGCUAAUAGCAUACGCACUAUUGAUGGUGGCACUCAUAUUGAUGGUAUGAAGGCUUCUAUAACAAGAACAUUGAAUAGUCUUGGAAAGAAGUCCAAAGUUAUCAAGGAUAAGGAUAUUACUCUAAGUGGUGAGCAUGUAAGAGAGGGUCUAACAUGUGUUGUCUCAGUCAAGGUCCCAAAUCCAGAGUUUGAAGGACAAACAAAGACAAGGUUAGGAAAUCCAGAGGUGCGAAAAGUGGUUGAUCAAUCUAUUCAAGACUACCUUACUGAGUAUUUGGAAUUGCAUCCAGAUGUUCUUGAUUCUGUACUUUCUAAAGCUCUUAAUGCUUUCAAGGCAGCUUUGGCAGCAAAAAGAGCAAGGGAAUUGGUGAGACAAAAGAGUGUAUUGAGAUCUUCAUCUCUUCCAGGAAAACUAGCUGAUUGUUCGUCCACAAAUCCUGAAGAUUGUGAAAUCUUUAUUGUUGAAGGUGAUUCAGCUGGAGGAAGUGCUAAGCAAGGGCGUGACAGGCGCUUUCAGGCCAUUCUCCCUUUGAGGGGUAAGAUUCUGAAUAUUGAAAGGAGGGAUGAAGCAGCAAUGUACAAAAAUGAAGAGAUCCAAAAUUUAAUUCUUGGUCUUGGUCUUGGAGUGAAGGGAGAGGAUUUUAAAAAGGAUGCCCUCCGAUAUCAUAAGAUUAUUAUUUUGACUGAUGCUGAUGUGGAUGGUGCGCACAUCCGAACUCUGCUACUGACCUUUUUCUUUAGAUAUCAGAGAGCUUUGUUUGAUGAAGGUUGCAUAUAUGUUGGUGUUCCACCACUGUACAAGGUUGUGAGGGGAAAACAAGUGCACUAUUGCUAUGAUGAUGCUGACCUUAAAAAGCUUCGAAGCUCAUUCCCUCCUAAUGCAUCAUACAACAUGCAAAGGUUCAAAGGGUUGGGAGAGAUGAUGCCCUUACAACUAUGGGAAACAACCAUGGAUCCAGAACGCAGGUUAUUGAAGCAAUUAAAAGUUGAGGAUGCAGCAGAAGCAAAUAUUGUUUUUUCCUCUCUUAUGGGUGCUCGGGUAAUGUGUGCUAUUGCUUUCAUAUUUUAUGAUUUUUUUCACCUUAAUCUAUUUGUUUCUAUGUAUUUUACUACAGGUACAUUGAACUUUAAGAAAUUUUUGGGCAGUCAAAUAUGACAAAUGACUUCUGAUUUCAAAUUUUAAUUCUUGUUUUUAUUAAAAGAAGGCAGAAAUCAUGCAUGCAUUCUUAUUUUAAUAUAUUUAAACUUGUAAAAUUAUCGAGUUUGGAUUGAAAGUUCCCAUUUCCUUCACCCCAUUCAAUUAAAUGGUCAAUGUGGAAUUUGUGACAAGUAUCGUAAAAGUUUAUUCUAUUAAGCGUGAUAUAAUAAACUUGGUAUGAUUGGUAAGGUUAACUUGGAUUAUGGUAAACACAAGUUGGGGUUUAUCAUUAGCCUAUUUGAGAUCUGUGCAUUAACCUCUUUUUACCUUGGCUAUUGUAGCUAAGAGCCUCUUCCAUUAAGUGACAUGCAUAAUUUCUCCGUUGUUAUUUAACCGUUUUAUUUGUCAUUUACCGUGAAAUUGGCCAUGUUCAUGGAUCAGUUGGCCUUGGGUAUAAUAACUAUUGUGCAGUGUUAUUAUAUAAGUAAUUUUUUAGCACAUUGUUGAAAAUACAACGGUAUGCCUAUCCUAAAUUUUUCAGAAAUGGCAUAUUUCUGAUAUUGUGUUACAAUACCCAAUCAACAUAUUUAACAAAAUUAUUUGAUGAGAUCAGAAUUCAUUUGUGUAUCGCUUCUGUUCAGAAGAUAAGGCAAAACAGAUUAAUAUAAAACUCCAGACUUUUUAUUUGAGUGUUUGGCUCUUCAAAUUAUUAACUUGUAUCUGUGAAAAUAUCUAUCAUUCCACA